AGUACCAGCAUGGCGUCAGUGGUUAUUCUUAAUCGGGGUGCGUUGACUUUAGGGACAUACUGCCAACAUGUGAAUUGGAAUGUCACAGUCACGCAGGUUCGAGGGGUAAAACGCUGGAUGAAGGCCUACACUCUACUUAUGGCACGAAAGCUAAAGGUUGAAGGUCCGCCACCGCCGAAACCGAGAUCUCAAAAGCCAAAUUGGGAUUACCAUGCUGAGGUUCAGGCUUUCGGCAGCCGCCUCCAUGAGAACUUUUCCUUGGAGCUACUGAAAACAGCAUUCAUAAAUCCAUGUUACCUGCAGGCGGAAGAGAGCAGGAGACAAGAACUGGGCAUGGACUCUGAAGUCACAGCUCUUGCUCUGCAACAUAAUGUCGAGUUGAGCACACAGGGUGAUGCCUUCACGAAAAGCUUCCUUACCGAUUGGUGCAGGGCAAACUUUCCCAGUCUGCCAACACAAGGGGUGGAGAGUGUCGUGGGUCAUCUCACUAGUGUCGAGCUACUAAGCAAUGUUGCUCGAAAUCUUGGCGUUGAGGAUCUAACCAUGAGUUUGCAAUUCCCUGUCCCGGACAAUGUGCUUUAUUCAACAUUCAUGGCAGUGAUUGGAGCGCUUCAUGAAAGCAGUGGAAAAGAGCGCACAGGAUAUUUCCUUAGGGAUUUCCUAGUUUCGCAGCUAAUAGGAAAAGACCUGUUUGAUAUGUGGACAGUGGUCAAUCCUAUGGGAGUUCUGGUAGAGGAACUGAAUAAGAGAAACAUCCCCCUUCCAGAGCCCCGCCUGAUCAGGUCUGCUGGGUCCAGCACUGUCCUUCCGCUGUAUUUCGUUGGGUUGUACAGUGAUAAGAAGCUCCUGGCCAUGGGCCCAGGUGAGACGCUUACUGCAGCAGAGGAGGAGGCAGCUCGGGUGGCUCUGCGGAAACUCUUUGGCUACACUGAGGACCGCAGACCCUUUGACUUUAGUCCACAACCACAGCAUGAGCAUCCUUUACUUCAAUCAGUCAGCAGCAGUUAAGAAAGCAAGAACAUCUUCCCUACUCAGUGAAAGAAAUCAAAAUGAUGUACUUACUUGGAUUAUUUUACUUGUGGUAUUUAAAUGUACUGUGUAUAUAUAAAAAAAACAUGAAUAGGUUUUGUAUUCACUUUGGGAAUACAUGAACGAAAAAAUAUUGCUUGCCGUGGGUGAUUAGAAACUUGACUUUUCUUUAUAUUGAAUAUACAAUGUAAAUAUUUACAAUUGCAAUUAGUUGUUUGUUCUCUGUGAAUAAAUUUUGGUUCUUCUGUAA